GUCUCAGUGUUCUUCUAGAGUAAAGCGGACCACGUGUAGAUUAAGAAGUACGGUCGUUUUUAUUAGUUUGAUAUAUUAGCACUCGUGUUUCAACGAAACACAACACAGCCAUGGUGAAACUAGCAAAGGCAGCAAAAAAACAAACGCCGGCGCCUCAGAAGAAGAAGGCUCCACCACCCCCUAAACAGGUGGAAGAGGAAUCCAGUGAAGAGAGUGAGGAGGAUGACAGCGAGGAGGAAGAGGUGAAGGCACCCCCACCUAAAGCAGCAGCCAAGAAGAACGCUACCCCUGCGCCAGCAGCUAAAAACGGAAAAGUUGCAGCUAAAGAAGAGAGCGAAGAUGAGGAUGAUGAUGAUGACGACGACGAUGAUGAAUCAGAAGAGGAAGCCCCUCCUCCAAAGAAAGCCAGUGCCCCUCCUGCUAAAGCCGUCCCUGCAAAGAAAGCAGCACCAGCUAAAGCUGAGGAAUCCGAUGACGACGAUGAUGGUGAUGAGGAGUCAGAAGAAGAAGCCCCUCCUCCCAAAAAGGCAACACCUGCUAAAGCCGCAGCUAAACCUGCCGCUCCAGCUAAGGCUGCCCCUGCAAAAGAGGAAUCUGAAGAUGAUGAUGAUGAUGACGACGAUGAUGAGGAAUCAGAAGAAGAAGCCCCUCCACCCAAAAAGGCAACACCUGCUAAAGCCGCAGCUAAACCUGCCACUCCAGCUAAGGCUGCCCCUGCCAAAGGGGAAUCUGAAGAUGACGACGAUGAUGAUGAUGACGACGAUGAUGAGGACUCAGAAGAAGAGAAAAUGGACACUACUCCUGCACCUGCAGCUCCAGCAAAGAAAGCAGGAAUGGUAAAGGCUAAGGAGGAGUCCGAGGACGAGGAAGACGAUGACGACGAGGAGGAUGACGAGGAAGAUGAGGAUGACGAAGAGGAGGAAAAAGCAGCAGCCACUCCAGGAAAGAGAAAAGCAGCAGACAAGAAGGAGAAAGGGACACCGCCAGCCAAAAAAGCUAAAUCUGAAGGAGAAGGUUUCAGUCUCUACAUGGGCAACUUAAACACAGACAUGGACUACGACGGUAUCAAAGAGGCCAUCUCCGAGUUUUUCUCCAAGAAGGGUCUGGAAAUCCAGGAUGUCAGAAUCGGUGGCUCAAAGAAAUUUGGUUAUGUUGACUUUGCCACAGAAGAGGAAUUGCAGAAAGCCCUGAAGCUUAACGGGAAGAAAUUCCUGGGCAGUCCGCUGAAGUUAGACAAAGCGAGGAGUAAAGAGUCCUCUCAGGAAAGCAAGAAAGAGAGAGACGCACGCACAUUGUUUGUGAAGAACCUCCCAUACUCGGUUACUCAGGAUGAGCUGAGGGAGGUGUUCGACCAAGCAGUCGACAUCAGAAUCCCGGUCGGAAACAACGGCUCCAGCAGGGGAAUUGCCUACGUUGAGUUCAAGACUGAAGCGAUUGCGGAGAAAAUGCUGGAAGAGGCACAGGGCACAGAGCUCCAGGGCAGGUCUAUGAUGGUUGACUUCACAGGAGAGAAAAGUCGUCAGGGGAGCAGACAACCAGCUGCAGGUUCUGCAAGCAAGGUCCUUGUUGUAAAUAAUUUGUCAUAUAGUGCAAACGAAGACAGUCUCCAGAGUGUGUUUGAAAAGGCAGUUUCCAUUAGAAUACCACAAAACAACGGCAGACCCAAAGGAUUUGCCUUUGUGGAGUUUGAGAGUGUAGAAGAUGCAAAGGAGGCCCUGGAGUCUUGCAACAGCACAGACAUCGAAGGCAGAACAAUCAGACUGGAGUUCAGUCAGAACUCUGGGCCCAAGUCUGAUGGUGGCAGAGGAGGUUCAGGUCCCACAAAAACCCUCUUUGUCAAAGGCCUCUCAGAGGAAACGUCAGAGCAGACUCUGAGGGACGCGUUCGAAGGAUCAGUCGCAGCCAGAAUAGUCACAGACAGAGAGACGGGAUCAUCGAAAGGGUAUGGGUUUGUUGAUUUCGAUAACGAGGCAGACUGCAAGGCAGCCAAAGAGGCCAUGGAUGACGGCGAGAUAGACGGAAACAAAGUCACCCUGGACUACGCUAAGCCGAAAGGGGAAGGCGGCCCGCGAGGCGGGGGAUUCGGAGGCAGAGGGUUCGGAGGCAGAGGAGGCCGAGGCGGUUUCGGAAGAGGGGGCGGCGGCCGGGGAGGAAGAGGUGGCGGCAGAGGAGGUGGUAGAGGAGGUUUCGGAGGUGGUCGAGGAGGCGGUUUUGGAUCCAAGCCUCAGGGCAAGAAGAUAAAAUUUGAUGAUUAAAUUUUCCCUUUUAUUAUAAUUUCUUUUUUUUUAUGGACUGUUCAUCACCUGACAAAAGUUGACACAGCCUUUUGGACAUUCCAGAAAGAGUCAAUCAUUUGUAACUGUAAAGUGCAUACAAGCCCCUCCCUCCCCUCACUCUCUCUCUCUCUCACUCUCUCUCCAGUUGUGUGUGUCCCAUUAAAUUUCAGUCCACCUACCUGCAUCUCUUAAUUUUUUAUUUGUUCCUUUCAAAGGAGUAAAAUGGAAAAGCGUGGGCAUCCACACCGUGAAUAUUCUCUGUUGGCAUAGGUACAUGUUGUACAUGCAACAAUUUAUAUUAUUUCAUUUUACUUUUGUUGUUGUUGAAGUGAUGUAUCUUUAUGAAUGUUUAAUUUCGAUUUGUGUUCAUUUUUUUUUUAGUUUGCUUUAGAUGCGUCUUUUACCAUAAAUGUGCAAAUAAUAUUGUAUUGAAUCGGAGAUUAAAUUCACCCAAGAAAAUGGGGAUUUAGAAUAUGUUAAACCUGUGUACUGUCAUGUUUUCUGGGUGGGAUGAAGUUUUGGUAUAAAGACUGGUCCUGCAUUUUGAGAGGUCACUUAAGAAAAUAUCAAGGUUUAGGAUUAAAAAGGAUGGGGAAAUGUUUUGAUAAAUUAGCUAAUUGCUCACAAACAAUUAAGAUGAAGUUUUCAUAAGUUGUAAUUAAGGUAACAAAGCAUUUUUAA